AGAAAGACGGCGCGACGUCGCCACUCAGCAGUCAGCUCAGCCAGUCGCGCACAAGUCGCGUUCGGCGAGACCUCGAAAGAAGCAUGACGCGCAGUAACCCGCAGUGCCCGAGGUGCCAGUGAGACUGGCCGAGACGCGCUCGAAAAACAUGCAAUGACGCACAAGUGCUGCGUGAGGGAUUGCGAGGAAGUGGUGAAGGAGACGCGCUCGCGGGGCCUGCCGCUCCACAAGUUCCCCAAGGAUCCGCUGCUGCGAGCCAAAUGGCUGACCAGCGGCGGAUUCGAGCCCGACUUCAAGCCCACCUCCAGCCAGAUCGUCUGCUACCGGCACUUCCGACAGUCCGACUACGAGAUCGGGCGCAGCCACAAGCUUUUCCUCAAGAAGGGCUCGGUGCCCAGCAUCUUCGCCGAUUACCAAGCCCACCCGGAUCCCAUCAGCCCCACCUCGGCCUUCAUAACCUCUCGGCUGCAGGCCCGCGAGGUGAAGCUUGCCGCCGCCGCGGCAGCCGCCAACGCCAACGCCAACGCCAACGUUCCCGCGGCCGCCCUUUUGCACCCGGCCUGCACCUCCGACUCCCCGCUCGAGACCUCCUGCUCCAGCCUCGAGGCGUCCAUGGACUCGUCCAACUCGCUCCAGUCGGCCAACGCUAUUCGGACAACGCCGCUCCCCGAGCCAGCCGCGGCCGUUGAGAGCCAGCUGUCUCCCCAGCUGCCCUGCAAGACCGAGCAGCUCGCCCAGCCCCCGCCGCAGCCCCAGCCCCAGCCCCAGCAGUCCAAGCCCGCGGACCCGAGCAAGCCGAGGCUCUUCAGUCGGGACCUCAACUUCGCCACGGGGGACAAGCUCGAGGCCAAGGACUUCAACGAGAAGUGGUACUCGGCCAGAGUGGUCGAGACCGACUGGGUCGAGAGGGAGGUGCUCAUACACUUCGACAAGUGGAGCUCCAGAUUCGACGAGUGGAUACCUAUGGACAGUUCCCGGCUGCGCGCCCUGCAGUCCCACAAGGAGCCCAAAGCCAAUAAGGAGUUCGCGGUGGGCGAGAGAAUCCUGGCCACCUGGGGCGAUGGCAAAAAGUACCCGGCCAAGGUCAACGCCGCCUUGGACAACGACAAGUACGACGUGCUAUUCGACGACGGCUAUGCCAAGAUAUUGAAGGCCUCCAAAAUGACGAAGCUCCUCGACAUGCCCGUCAGCAAGUUCCCCGAGGACAGCAACUACGUGGGCAGCAAGCAAGAGAGGCGGGACAAAAAGCGAAAGCACAAAGUUACCGAGCUCUUUCCUCACCACUCCAAGAAGAAGGUGAAAAACGAUCUUGACAGAGCUGCCAAGAAACAUGACGCGGCUGACGUUCGCCCUGCAAAAAGUUCUCCCAAACUGGAGCUUGCCACCGCGGCUCUCUCGAUCAAACCCGAAGCGGAGAGCAGGCUCGAUGUUCAACCAAACAACGAGCUUGCAGGUGCCUUAGUCGACGAUUACGCUACCUUCAUUGGGAAUUUACGAGUAGAGAUCGAAGACAAUAUAUACAAGUGUCCCAAAACUGGAUGCAUUAAAAACUUUAGGAAAGAAAAUCUAUUACUGAUGCACAUAAAACAUUACCAUCCUGAGUACUGCAAGUAUCUGGGCUCAACUCCGAAUGUUGCCGAUUUAGCCUACGCCAGGACAAUCGGCGAAUCAGUCGAGGAUGUUAUUCCAAAAAAAUUAAAGCUCGGCGCAUCUCUACCAACUCCAACUUUUCAUGUCACGGCUGCAUCGGCUGCCCAUGCCACUCUAGACUCAGAUUUCCAUCGAGUUGAAGUCGACAACAAUAAAUUGGAGAGUAAGCUUCCCGUGGAAAAUAAUAGUUCUAGUCCAAUGGAAGAUAAUUCCUCCGAACAAAGCAACAGCUGUACAAUGUCUCCGGGAACACUGUUCGAUAUGCGUUUCAAAGAAGAAAGAACUCACACUGGCAUAAAGACCUUGCCCCCGGUGAGACAACCAACAUUCCAUCAGGUGGAUGAUGGCGAGCCACUGCAAUAUUCAAACAUUGCGAGUGACGAUCAAAAGACAACACCUAUGGCGGAAAAAGAGAAAAAGCAUAGAAAGAAGCAACAACCAUAUUACUGUGACUCCAUAGUUAAAGUAAAAAGGCAGGGAAGGAUGUCGGAAAAUGAAGAGAGUUUUGAUCAGUACGAUGAUAGCCUGCAAGAUGUUGAUGACGUCACGGAAUCCAGCUUCAAAUGUAAUAAUACCAGUAAUAACAGGCUCGAAAUAGAGAAUAACGAUAGUACACAGAGUAAAAGUGAUGGGCUUAUGAUGAUUAAUGGCGAAAUGAUAAAAGUGGAAAAAUUGCGGAGGGAGGAGAUAAUUAAUUGCACCUGUGGCUUUACAGAAGAGGAUGGUCUAAUGAUACAGUGCGACCUGUGCUUGUGCUGGCAGCAUGGCCACUGCAAUGCUAUAGAGAAGGAAACAGAUGUUCCCGAAAAAUAUAUUUGCUAUAUUUGUCAACAUCCUUACAGACAAAGAGCUUCUAAAAAGUAUAUCCAUAACCAAGACUGGAUAAGGGAAGGAAAAUUGCCAAGCGUCUAUUCUCGCCCUGUGGACCCAUUGAAAGGAAAUGAAAGAGCAGCUUUGUUAAAGCGCUCGUGCGAUUUGAUUGCUGCACUUCUGCAAAUUCAAGCUUUGCUUCACAGUUUAAGGGUGAAAGUAAAUAUUGCUCAAAAUAAAGAUCAUCCCAAAUUGUACCUUUGGGCUAAAAAUUGGAGCAAAGUAAACAUUCCCACUUUUAACAAUGAGCCAGUGCCAAUAAUGGAGAUAAUUAAAGCAGAAAACACCAGUGACAACUUUCAAAAAGGCAAUACAAAGGAAAAGGCAGAAUUCACUUUUUCUGUUAAGAAUGAACUUGAUGAGAAAUUAAUUACCUCCGAUACGGAACUAAUGAAAAUUCUUGAAGAAGAUAGCACUCAAACAGAAGAGCCAAAACCAUCGACUAGACACAUCGCAUCUGGCAAUUUCAAAGAUGAGGGUCGAAUAUUAUUGGAUGCAUUGACUAGAAAUGGUUUGGAGGAUCAAGAUCAGCAGGAACAGUUGACCAAGAGUGAAGUGAACAAUCUGGAUUCACCAAUAAAACAAAAUUCUACUUUACGUUAUUCUAGUCCUGAAAAAAGUAGCAAAUUUCAAAAUAUGUCAUCGCAAAGUGGGAUCAGUGAAGCGUCUAUAUCUCACCCAGUGAUACCAGAACCAGAAGCACCUAUAGAUCCUGUUGAGUGUAAAUUACGGUUACUGGAACACAUUGAACAUAUUCAGAAUUAUGUUGACACAUCACUGAGCUAUGUUGAAACUCAAAUAUCUGCCUUAGAAGACAUGAGUAGCGAAGAGAAGAAAAAUAACAAUCAGCAUAUACAAACUAAACAAACAAUACUUAUGUUACUCCAUGAUUUGGAAUCUAUUCGUAAAGUUGCUGCGCUGUGUUGAUGUUCACAUUUUCGAAAAUUAUUUUCACUUUCAUUGUUAAUAGCCCAUCAUUAGUGAAAUAAGACUUUGUAAAUGUAUAAAUAAAAAUUUAUCAUAGAUUUAUUUAUCAUAAAAA